AUGGCAGACCUUCAAAAACAAGAGAAUAGUAGCAGGUUCACCAAUGUUUCUGUUAUCGCGCCCGAAUCACAGGGACAACAUGAACAACAAAAACAGCAGGAGCAGCUGGAGCAGCAAAAGCAGCCAACGGGACUGUUAAAAGGUUUAAACGGGUUUCCGAGUGCACCACAACCGCUGUUCAUGGAAGAUCCGCCUUCUACUGUCUCGGGAGAACUGAAUGAUAAUCCAGCGUGGUUCAAUAAUCCAAGGAAAAGAGCCAUUCCAAAUUCAAUAAUAAAGAGAUCAAAUGGCCAAUCUUUAAGCCCCGUACGUUCUGAUAGUGCAGAUGUACCUGCGUUUUCCAAUUCCAAUGGAUUCAACAAUGUCACUUUUGGCUCUAAAAAAGAUCCACGCAUCCUUAAAAACGUAUCUCCAAAUGAUAAUAACAGUGCCAACAACAAUGCUCAUAGUUCAGAUUUAGGUACGGUAGUUUUUGAUUCUAAUGAGGCACCGCCCAAGACCUCCUUGGCAGAUUGGCAAAAAGAAGAUGGUAUAUUUUCAAGUAAGACUGACAAUAUUGAAGAUCCUAAUUUGUCUUCCAACAUAACCUUUGAUGGAAAGCCUACAGCCACACCUUCGCCUUUCCGUCCACUAGAAAAGACCUCCAGAAUACUUAAUUUCUUCGACAAAAACACGAAAACAACGCCGAAUACUGCGUCAAGUGAAGCUAGUGCAGGGAGUAAGGAAGGGGCCUCGACGAAUUGGGAUGAUCAUGCCAUUAUUAUCUUUGGAUAUCCAGAAACGAUUGCGAAUUCUAUUAUACUCCAUUUUGCUAAUUUCGGUGAAAUUUUAGAGGAUUUUAGAGUGAUAAAAGAUUUUAAAAAGUUGAAUUCGAAAAACAUGUCAAAAAGUCCGUCAUUGACUGCUCAAAAAUAUCCCAUAUAUACAGGAGAUGGAUGGGUCAAGUUGACUUACAAAUCCGAACUUUCCAAAUCUCGUGCUUUACAAGAAAAUGGGAUUAUAAUGAAUGGAACAUUAAUUGGCUGUGUUUCGUAUAGUCCGGCUGCUCUCAAACAAUUAGCUUCCUUGAAGAAAUCGGAGGAAAUUAUAAACAAUAAAACAAGUUCACAAACUAGUUUAAGCUCAAAAGACCUCAGCAAUUAUAGAAAAACAGAAGGAAUUUUUGAGAAAGCUAAGGCAAAAGCAGUUACUUCAAAAGUGCGCAAUGCAGAAUUCAAGGUUUCCAAGAAUUCUACUUCCUUCAAAAAUCCACGCAGGCUUGAAAUAAAGGAUGGUCGUUCAUUAUUUUUGAGAAACAGAGGGAAGAUCCACAGUGGUGUCCUGAGCUCGAUCGAGUCUGACUUGAAGAAAAGGGAACAAGCGAGCAAGAGUAAGAAAAGUUGGUUAAAUAGAUUGAAUAAUUGGUUAUUUGGAUGGAAUGAUUUGUAA